UUCGGACAGAGAGACCAGAGAGCGUUGUUGCUAUGUCUCUCUCCCAAACUAAUGUCUUCACUCCUUCAUUCCUCUCACCAAGCAUCAGCCAUGGCCUCCAGCGAAUCCCUCACCCUAAACCAACACUCUCUUAUCCACGUACCCAAACAAACCGUAUCCUCUGCGCGGCGAAGCGAACCGGGAAGAGGAGAUACCCUUCAGAGAGAAAGAAGCUGAGAACAGAGAAGAAGGAAGCUGCUGCAAAGGUUAAGAACAAACUCGAAGGAGUUUGGCGUCUCUCUAAGCUUGGAGUUCCCGUUGGAGAAGAUCCUGGAAAAGAUUGUCUUGGAAUCUCUGAAGGGUUGCUUCAAGCCAUCGCUAAAGUUAUUGAGUUUCCGGUUGCUUCAAUGUUACCAGAAGAAGCGUUUUCAGUGGUGAGGAAGUCUUUUGACGCUAGGAAGAUUCUGAAAGAAGCUAAGUUUGUGUAUACUGUGGACUUGGAUGUGAAGACUCUACUUGAGUUAGAGCCACGUGCUCAUGACUUUAUUUUCCGGUUAGAGCCCAAGCUUGGGCUUGUUGAGCAUAUCCCUCCUGAGAAGACUGUUUCAGGUGACUUGAUUAGUGUAGUAAACGAGUGUAAGAGAGUCAACAGUGAUGCAGUUAUCAACGGCAAUGGAGUUCCACACCAUCAUGGAGGAAGAAGCAAACCGAAAAUUGCAGUUGUUGGUGGUGGUCCUUCUGGUUUGUUUGCUGCUCUUGUUCUUGCGGAGUUUGGUGCUGAUGUGACAUUGAUUGAGAGAGGACAAGCAGUAGAAGAAAGGGGACGUGAUAUAGGCGCUUUGGUGGUUCGUAGGAUUUUGGAUAUGGAGAGUAACUUCUGCUUUGGCGAGGGUGGUGCAGGUACUUGGAGUGAUGGGAAGCUUGUUACUCGAAUAGGGAAGAACAGCGCUACUGUUUUAGCGGUGUUGAAGACAUUGGUUCGUUUUGGUGCUCCUGAUAAUAUACUAGUCAAUGGAAAGCCACAUCUAGGAACAGAUAAGCUAGUUCCAUUACUUCGUAACUUCAGACAUUAUCUUCAAAGCGCAGGAGUGAAUAUCAGGUUUGGGACUCGAGUAGAUGAUCUUCUGGUGGAUGAUUCUCGUGUUGUUGGAGUCAGAGUUUCGGAUUCAGCAGACCAGUUGCAUAGUAGCUCACAGGAUUUAAAGUUUGAUGCAGUUGUUCUUGCUGUUGGUCACUCAGCACGUGAUACAUAUGAGAUGCUACUUUCUCGUAAUGUGGAGUUGACUCCAAAAGAUUUUGCCGUUGGUUUGCGUGUUGAGCAUCCUCAGGAGCUAAUUAACAGUAUACAGUACUCAGAUUUAGCUAGUGAAGUUCGUAAAGGACGAGGUAAAGUACCUGUAGCGGACUAUAAGGUUGUUCAAUACGUGAAUGAUAAAGAUGAGGAUCUCUCUGAGUCUUCAUCAAAACGUAGUUGCUACUCCUUCUGCAUGUGUCCUGGUGGUCAGGUUGUUCUCACCAGCACAAACCCAAACGAACUCUGCAUCAACGGCAUGUCAUUUUCUCGCCGUUCUUCCAAAUGGGCUAAUGCUGCAUUAGUCGUCACAGUCUCAGCAAAAGACUUUGAUCUUCUCAAUCUUACUGGACCCUUAGCUGGGAUUGAGUUUCAGAGAGAGUUUGAAAGAAGAGCUGCUAUAAUGGGUGGUGGGGAUUUUACAGUUCCUGUACAAAGAGUUACUGAUUUUCUACAAAACAAGUUAUCUGAAACACCUUUACCAUCAUCAAGCUAUAGAUUAGGAGUGAAGUCUGCAAACUUGCAUGAACUGUUUCCUGCUCAUAUCACAGAUUCUCUAAGACAGUCUCUCUCUAUGUUUGACAAAGAGUUACCGGGAUUCAUCUCAGAGGAAGCACUCCUUCAUGGUGUAGAGACGAGAACAAGCUCUCCUGUUAGGAUACCUAGAAGCAAUGAGACAUACGAGAGCACAAGCUUGAAAGGCUUAUACCCAGUUGGUGAAGGAGCUGGAUAUGCUGGUGGGAUUGUAAGUGCUGCAGUGGAUGGUAUGUUUUCAGGUUUUGCUGUUGCAAAAAGCUUUGAUCUCUUUGAUGGAACCGUAGAGUCAGUUAUUGGAAAGUCUCAAGGUGCUGGACUUGUAAAAUACUAAUGAUGAUGUUGAGGUAGAGAAGAACAUCAAUGAGGACUGCUUCUUCCUCUGGAUUUUGCUGCUUAAGAACUGAUACAUAUAUGCAUCAGCCGGAAGAGAAUUUUGCCUUAGAAUUAUGUAACUUAAACAUUAGGAGUCAAGAGAAGUAAACUAAUGUAAUUUCCAGCGAUUUGUUUUUAUUCUUUUUGAUAUCUUUUCCUCACUAUAGUUCACUUCAUCGUUGAUUAGUAGUUCAUCAGUGGCAUUAAAUCAAUGGUGACAGUUUUAUCAUAACAGGUUAUAAUGGUUUGAUUUAAC